AUGGCCGAGAUGCUCCUGAAGGCACAAAAGUAUAUGAACGCGGAAGAUGCUCUAGCUGCCAUAAAAGGUACUGAGAGGCUAGGAGACAAGUCCAAGGGGGAAGACGACCGCAGAGGGCAAAAAAGAGAUCGACCAGAACGUCGGAACAAUGACGGGAAUAGAAGGAGAGACGACAAAAAUUCUCGUCAGGUAAAAUUUACUCCUUUGGUUAUGCUUGUUGACAAGAUUUUCACGCAGAUCAAGGACGAGCACUAUCUCAAAUGGCCCAGGCCUCUACACUCGUCCCCCAACAUACGUGACAAGAACAAGUAUUGCCGGUUCCAUAGAGACCACGGCCACAACACAGAAGAUUGCAGAGACCUGAAGGAACAAAUAGAGGAAUUAAUACGGAAAGGAAAGUUGCAAAAGUAUGUAAAGAAAGGAGAAUAUAGCAAGUUCAGAGAUGACAACAGGACUCAACAUGAAUCCUUCACUCGGGAUGACGACCAUACGUCCCAACCUCCACGCAAAGUGAUCGGGGAGAUAAACACGAUCACGGGAGGACCAUUCUCAGGAGGGUCAUUCAGAUCACUUAGAAAAGCAUACCACAGACAGGUGAACAGCGUCCACGCCAUUCCUCCGUCCAAGUACCGACGAACAUACCAAGAUAUGUCCUUUAAUGAAGGAGACGCCAGGGGAGUGAAGCAGCCUCACAACGAUCCCCUGGUCAUAGUGCUGAAUAUAGAAGGGUUCAAUACCAGAAGGAUCCUUGUUGAUAACGGGAGCUCAGCGGAUAUCAUCUACCUCCCAGCCUUCCAGCAGUUGAAGUUAGAUCCAAAAAGGCUCCGUCCUUUCGACUCUUCGCUUGUCAGUUUCAGUGGAGACAGGGUCUACCCCAGGGGUAUAGUGACUCUGACGGUGACAGCAGGGACCUAUCCGUUGCAGCUGACCAAACAAGUAGACUUCCUGGUUGUAGAUUGCCCCUCGUCCUACAAUGUCAUCAUUGGGAGGCCUACCCUAAACAAGUGGAAGGCGGCAACGUCAACUUACUGUUUGAAGGUGAAAUUCCCAACAGACGAUGGUGUGGGUGAAGUGAAGGGUGAUCAGGUCCUGGCAAGGGAGUGCUACCAGGCCGUACUGGCAAGAAAGGAGAACCACACGUGGACGAUAGAAGAAAAAGAGGAAGACGGAGUGGAGAUCCUGGAAGCAGUGGAAUUGGUAGAAGGAAAUGCGGACAGGACAACCAGGAUAGGGACGACGCUAAGCCCUGAGAUGAGAGCGAGACUCAUAAAGUUCCUUAAAGGGAAUCUAGAUGUCUUUGCAUGGAGUCACGAGGACAUGCCAGGCAUAUCUCCAGAGAUCAUCCAGCAUAGGCUGAAUGUGGACCCCAACAGGAAGCCCGUUCAGCAACGACGAAGAACUUUCGCUCUAGAGCGAGAUCAGGCAGUAGCAGAGGAGGUAACCAAACUCUUGACGGCUGGAUUCAUCCGGGAGGUAUACUACCCAGAAUGGCUCGCCAACGUCGUCCUGGUAAAGAAACCAAAUGGAAAGUGGAGAAUGUGUGUAGACUUCACCGACCUGAAUAAAGCAUGCCCAAAGGACAGCUUCCCUCUACCAAGGAUAGACCAGCUCGUGGACUCUACCGCUGGAUACAAGUUGUUGACGUUCAUGGACGCCUUCUCAAGGUACAACCAGAUAAAGAUGGCUGAAGAAGACCAGGAGAAGACCGCCUUCAUCACCAGCCAGGGACUCUAUUGUUACAAGGUGAUGCCUUUUGGGUUGAAAAAUGCUGGAGCUACAUAUCAGAGGAUGGUAAACAAAAUGUUCAACCAACAAAUUGGCAGAAACAUGGAGGUAUACGUAGACGAUAUGCUCGUCAAGAGUAAGGAAGAGCUCGCUCACCUGGAUGACCUGGAGGAGACUUUCAGAGGAAUAGAAGCCAAUCCAGAAAAAGUACAAGCUAUCAUUGACAUGGCCCCACCCAAGACCGUCAAGGAGGUACAAAAACUUACAGGAAGGAUAGCAGCUCUAAAUAGGUUCGUCUCUAGGGCCACAGACAAAUGCCUGCCCUUUUUCAAAACCCUCAAGCAGGCUUUUGCUUGGACCGACGAAUGCGAAGCAGCGUUCCAAGAGCUGAAGCGAUAUCUGAGCAGUCCGCCUCUCCUGAGCCCGUCCAAAGGAGGGGAGAACCUAUACUUGUACCUGGCGGUGUCAGCCUCGGCAGUAAGCGCAGCCUUGAUUAGAGAAGAAGGCAAGAAGCAACUCCCAGUGUACUACAUCAGUCAAGCCUUUCAAGGAGCUGAGUUCAGGUACCCAAGGAUCGAAAAGAUUGCGUUUGCGCUUAUAGUAGCCUCGCGCAAGCUCAGGCCGUAUUUCCAGUCAAAUCCUAUCCUCGUGAUGACGGAUCAGCCAAUUAAGAAAUCAAUGAACAAACCGGAAGCAGUAGGGAGAAUGGUCCAAUGGGCAAUCGAACUCAGCCAAUUUGACAUCGAGUACCAUCCAAGAGCAGCUAUCAAGGCACAAGCUCUGGCUGACUUCAUCGCUGAAUUCACUCUUCCAGACGAAGAAGGAACUACAGACGAAGUUGAUAAAUGGACAAUACAGACAGAUGGUUCGUCAGCCCAAAAGAGGGGGGGAGUAGGGGUCGUCAUAACCACCCCCGACGGAGAAGUGAUGAAAUAUGGAGUUCAACUGGAGUUCCCAGCCACCAAUAACGAAGCCGAAUAUGAAGGAAUAUUGACGGGCUUGAGGCUUGGAAAAGCUCUUGGUGCCAAAAACUUGCUGAUCCAGAGUGAUUCAAAGCUGGUAGUCGGACAGAUCAGUGGAGAGUACGAGGCAAAGGAAGAAAGGAUGCAGAAAUACCUUAAACUGACGAGACAACUAACUCAGGAGUUCGACACAGUGGAUUUCGUCCAGAUACCAAGAAACCAGAAUAUUGGAGCUGACGAAGUGUCGAAACUAGCGUCGUCAGAAGCAGGAGGGACGAGCACAGACGUGGCAAUAGAAAUUCAAAAAUACCCAAGUAUUGAAGAGGUGGCGAUGCUCACCACCCAGAGCAUAGACACCUGGAUGACGCCCUUAAUAUCCUUCAUCCGAGACGGGCACUUACCUCAGAACACUGACGAAGCCAGAAAGGUCAAAAAGAGAGCGGCCAGGUUCACGAUCCUAAAUGACGUCUUGUACAAGAGAGGCUUCUCUAUGCCUUACCUAAAGUGCGUCGACGAGGAUGAGGCCAAAUACAUCCUAGAAAAAGUACACGGAGGAGUCUGUGGCGACCAUGCCGGCUCCAGAUCCCUAGUCAACAAGGUGAUAAGAGCAGGGACUACAGCUAGAACCCCGACAGGAGAGACACCCUUCAGGCUUACCUAUGGCACAGAGGCAGUAAUCCCAGUAGAAGUUGGAGUAACAAGCAUCAGGCGAGGAACUUUCAGAGAUGGACUCAAUGACGAGGAACUGCGGUUCAACCUGGAUUGCUUGGAUGAAGUAAGAGACAAUGCGUCCAGCAGAGUGACGAAGUAUCAAAAGAAAAUGGCCGAGUAUUACAACAAGAGGGUCAAACUCAGGCGUCUGGCCAUAGGGGACCUCGUCCUUCGCAAAGUCGCUAUGGCAACUAAAGAUCCUACUCAAGGGAAGCUGGGCCCUACAUGGGAAGGGCCAUAUCGCGUCGUUCACUACUCUAGGCAAGGAAGUUACCAUCUGGAAACUAUGGACGGACAAAAGCUCCCUCGUCCUUGGAACAUUGAGCAUUUAAAGAAAUACCAUGAGUAA